AUGAGGCUUUACAAAGGAGUUUUGGGAUGGAUGCAUCAAAAAUGGCAUGCAGCUCUGUCUCCAGCUCAGAGGAAGUAUCUGUGCAACGUGGCAGCUUCUCACAGCCCGGCACGCGUCCGUCAGCUCAUCACCCAGCACUACAUGAACGUGCUGUACAGGUGUAUACCAGCAGACGGCAGCCCAGAAAGAGAGGAGCUUGUUGAGUCUUCUGUGGCUGAUAAGAGAGAUAAACAUCCACCAGAAGUUCAGUUGAGGGCGAAACACAGGAAGAAGAUUAAAAGUGGUGCAAAGAAUUCUGGGAGAUCCUGUCAUCCAAAAAUCUCAAACCAAAAAUCCAGGCUUUCCAAGAAAUCAACAUCAAAACCAACAAAGACGAACAAACAUAAAACUAAAUCUCCCAAACUGAGAAGAAACAGUCCAGGAAGGGCCAGGAUCCAGCUUUUGGAUGAGGAAGAGGAGGAAGGACCAGAAGAGUUCCUGAGUGACUGUUUUAGUUCACUCUCUAUGGAAGGAUGGGAGGAUGACACCUUCUCAGAUUUAUGA